GAUUUCAAACAUCUUCCAUGUGCAGGACUUGUUUGCACUGGGCGUGUAAACGGAACCAUGCUCCAGUGGUGGCUUACCUGCUGCACGCCGGGGCCGACAAGGAGAUCCUCACGAAGAAAGGAGAAAGGCCGGCCCAGCUAACGUCAAAGAGAGAGAUAAGGAAGAUGUUGGGAGUGGAAGAUGAUGAACUCCCAGACUUAAAGGAAGAUUCAGAUCUGCCAAUCAUCCCUAAUUAUCUGGCUAACCCGCCUUUCCCUUACGUUUAUAACACCAUGAGUGACAGCAUUCCAGAUCCCCCCGUGAACGGGAGUAUCUCACACUUAGAAUCGCAAGAUACCGACUCUUCUUCCUUACCUGAUGGGGAGACUUGCACGCGCGCAUCAUCGCAGCGUGGGAGCGCGGCUCCCGCGGCGGCUGGUGACAGAGGCACACCCUCACUGCCCAGAGGGUGCGCUGCGCCGUGCCGCUCCAAACCCCUCCUGCAGAAAGGUCCGGUUUACCAGGGCUCUGUGUCUUGGGGCAGAAGCCCCCCUUCGCCAGCUGGAUCAAAUCAGUCCGUACCUCAGCAAGAGAACGGCUCCUGUGUGGGGCCUGUGCCAGCGUUUCAGCCGGUUUUCUUCACAGGAGCUUUUCCACUUAAUAUGCAAGAACUGGUGCUUAAAGUUAGAAUACAAAACCCUAAUCUCAGAGAAAAUGACUUCAUUGAAAUUGAACUGGACAGACAAGAACUGACCUAUAAGGAACUGCUCCGAGUGAGUUGCCGUGAGCUGGGUGUUAACCCAGAGCAUGUACAGAAGAUCAGAAAAUUACCAAAUACAAUGUUAAGAAAGGACAAAGAUGUUGCAAGGCUACAGGAUUUCCAAGAACUGGAGAUUGUUCUAACAGUAAGCGACAAAAACUUACUUUUCAGAGUCCCAGCACUUUCUGAACGGAGUGGUUAUAACAAGAAGGCAUCAGAACUGACAUACUAAUUGUUUAAAGAAUAAAACAAAAGAUUUGUAGCUCUCAUUUUAAAAUUACAUUUGAAAUACAGUAUCUAUAAGGGCUAAUGAUGUGAAAAAAAAUCUAUUUUAUUAACCUUGAAGUAAACUAAAGAUGUUGCGCACAGUUACAGCCUCUAGUUAAUCUACGAGUAAUGAGUCUGAUACGAAAGUAGCUUAAUGCAAAGGAAGUAUUGGUAGAACUAUCUGUUAAUGCAACACGUUUCCUUACAGAAAUCUUGAAAUACUGUAGAGUUAGCAGCUCUCAGGGAAAGGCUUACCUUAAACUGUUCUAAUAAUUUGUUUGCUAUAAAAUAGCAGAGGUACUCAAGCUAAAGGACCUGCCAUGAACCCAUUUAAUAUUUGUGCUGAGUCCAUUACCAUUAACGUUCACUUUUUAGAUCAUAUAUUUUAAGUCAUAUCUUACUUAGAAGGAAAAAACCAGAAGGGUUUAAAUCUGUGGAAGAAGCACAAAACUAUGUCUAGUUUAAAUACUAUCAAGUGACUUAUUACCUGUGAUUUCUUAAUCCCUGUUUACACUUCUCCCUAUUUCUCAGGUUGAAAACAAAAAAUGAUAGUAAUUAUCCAAAUCAUAAAUAUGCUCUCAACCAAAAGCCCUUUUAUUGUUGUCUGUCAAUAUAUAGCAUUGGCAUGUGCAAUUUAAAGUACUAUUUUUGUUACUGUAUUGAAAACACAUUUCUCCAAUGCUGCUUUAAUUUCCCCUUUUAAAAGCACAAAAAUUGUAAUUUUAUUUUCCUUUUACCUCUACAUUCCUGAGAAAGAUCGUGUCUUGAAACUUCAAAGUUGCCUGUGUAAAAAAGAAACUAGUGAAAUGCCCACCGUUUUUCUGGGCUGAUACUAAAUCUUGAUGUUCCUAU